GUUAGGUUAUCAUGUAUUUGCGUAUGUUCUCUGGUAAUAUCUUUAUUCCGUCGGCGUUUUGCGUCAGCCUCGAUGGACGUGCCAGUAUAUUAUUCUAAAGCUGAGUUCAUCGAAACUGACACAGGAAACAAAGUCUCUCGAAGAGCCACUAUAGCUGGACCUCAAAAUAUCAUUCUCGGAGGAAAGACUAUUAUUUCCAGCGGCGCAAUCAUUCGGGGAGAUCUUCGCAGAACAGGUCCUGGUCAUGCCGUCGUCAUUUCCCUUGGGAGGUACUGCCUUGUCGGCGAGGGUUGCGUGAUGAGGCCACCAUACAAGACGUAUCGCGGAAAUUUCAAUUACUACCCAAUGAAGAUCGGGGACUAUGUUCACGUCGGUGCGAACACCGUCGUCGAAGCCGCGACGAUUGGGAACCAUGUUGUGAUUGGGAAGAACUGUGUUAUUACUUGCGCGCAGGUCGCGGAUAACACUGUCAUUCCUCCCAACACCGUUAUUCCAGCUCUGGCACUAUUCUCUGGCUCGCCAGGUCGCUUUAUUGAAGAUUUACCAGAGUCGACACAAGAGAUGGUUGAAUCCCAGACAAAACAGUACUACAGUCGUUUCCAGCCUUUAGAGCGAUGAUUAGGCAUCGUGACCGCCUACUAGGCUUAGCCCACUUACCAUCACUUGUAUUAUCAGAUUGAUCACAUACUUAUCAUAUGUCAUCUCUGGGCAGUCAGCGGUAUUUUGCAUUGCACCUGCCCUACAGUAACAUCACAUCUCGGUUAUGCUACUCUCCCAUGGUUCUCAUCGACACUGCCUCCGGGUCAAGCUCGAAUUCCCGCUAAGCCACUCCCACAAGUUGAAGUAAUAAUAUCAGUGUGUACGCAUCUCAUG